AGGGCCCGUCGCGUAGAAGCGUCUCUCGCCCGGGCCCUGCAGGGGCUUGGGAUCCGCGCCGGCUGCCUGGGGCCUGUUGUGCCCUUGCUUUGGGGAUGCUCCUCAAGGGGAGUGGGGGGAAUAGCGCCGAUGCGCGGGGGUGGAGGGGGACCUAGGGUCACGGUCGGGACGGUGUAAGACUCGCGAGGAUGAGCCCUUAAACCGGUUGGAUGUGAGUGGUUGUCGGUUAGUCUAAACAAAACUAAACACCAACUCGGGGCGGUCGCAGCUUCAGAGAGUACCUCGCUCCAAAUGUCCAGUAGUGACGGACUUGCCUUAUAGGCCCCAGAGCAAUCAAAGGGAAGUUAGCAUUCUUGUUCAAGAAGUUUCUCUUCACUUAGUGAAUGAGAGCUCUAAAAGAAUUGUGUGUGUUCGGGAUAUUCUUUUAAAAGUCGUUGUUAGUGAUUGGGGUCGGGGCUGCUGGUGAGGGAUAAUGUAGAGAGUUUCGAAUGGCUGCCUUGUCCCGAUGGGGAAGGCUUAUUUUUUGUGUGUCAUCACUUGACCAUAGAAAUUAUUCAAUAUGUGGAUUGCCCUCAGCUCUGAAGCCACUGCUUGAUUAGCGGCUCUUCCUCCCUGUGUGGGAAAUUGAAUUUCUGGAAACGUCCCCCAUAUUGUAGAUUUUUGCCUACGUAAAGGCGCCAGUGCGUGGCACUAAUUGCCUUCAAGGUAGUGAAAUGGAAGUGUGGUAUUUAAAGCAUCAUUAGGUUUUGAGCUCACUUCUGUGGAAGAGAAUUUUGAGGGCGUGGGUCUAGACUUUUCAGGGAAUUUAAAGCUUCUAGUCGUAAUUGACUUUUAUACUUAGUUUUUUUCUUCCCUCUUUCAGCCUCAUCAGUUUCAAUGGUGCAACUCUCUUCAUCUCCUUUUGGUUACCAGUCACCUUCAGGCCAUUCGGAGGAGGGAAAGGAGGGGAAUAUGAAGUCAGCCAAGCCCCAGGUGAACCACAGUCAGCAUGGGGAAAGCCAGCGGGCCAUGAGCCCCUUGCAGCCUGCUCUCGGUUCUGCUGCCUCUCCUUCGCAAGCAUAUGAGACAUAUAUUGAUAAUGGACUCAUAUGCCUUAAACACAAAAUCAGAAACAUCGAGAAAAAGAAGCUCAAACUGGAAGAUUACAAGGAUCGCCUGAAAAAUGGAGAGCAACUUAAUCCAGACCAGUUGGAAGCAGUUGAGAAAUAUGAAGAAGUGCUACAUAACUUAGAAUUUGCCAAGGAGCUUCAGAAAACCUUUUCUGGACUGAGCCAAGAUCUGCUUAAAGCGCAGAAGAAAGCCCAGAGAAGGGAGCACAUGCUAAAACUUGAGGCUGAGAAGAAAAAGCUUCGCACUAUACUUCAAGUUCAGUAUGUAUUACAGAACUUGAUGCAGGAACAUGUACAGAAAGACUUCAAAGGGGGCUUGAAUGGUGCAGUGUAUUUGCCUUUAAAAGAACUUGACUACCUCAUUAAAUUUUCAAAAUUGACCUGUCCUGAAAGAAAUGAAAGUCUGAGUGUUGAAGACCAGAUGGAGCAGUCAUCCUUGUACUUUUGGGACCUUUUGGAAGGUAGUGAGAAAGCAGUGGUAGGAACGACAUACAAACACAUGAAGGAUCUACUAUCUAAAUUGUUGAACUCAGGCUAUUUUGAAAGUAUCCCAGUUCCAAAAAAUGCUAAGGAAAAAGAGGUAUCAUUGGAGGAAGACAUGCUAAUAAAAUCAGAGAAGAAAAAACAAUUAUCGAAGACUGAAUCUGUCAAAGAGUCAGAGUCUCUUAUGGAACUUGCACAGCCAGAGAUACAACCACAAGAGUUUCUUAACAGACGCUACAUGACAGAAGUAGAUUAUUCAAGUAAACAAGAUGAAGAGCAAUCUUGGGAAGCAGAUUAUGCUAGAAAACCAAAUCUCCCCAAAUGUUGGGAUGUGCUUACCGAACCAGAUGGUCAGGAGAAGAAACAGGAAUCCUUCAAGUCCUGGGAGUCUUCCGUGAAGCAUCAGGAGGUAUCAAAGCCUGCAGUUUCCUUAGAACAGAGGAAACAAGAGAUUCCAAAACUCAGGUCCACUUUGCAGGAAGAGCAGAAGAAGCAGGAUGUCUCGAAAACCAAGGCACCUCCUAGCCAGUGGAAGCAAGAAGCUCUUAAAUCCAAAGUGGGAUACAUUCAAGAGGAACAGAAGAAGCAGGAGACACCAAAGCCUUGGCCAGUUCAGCUGCAGAAAGAACAGGAUCCAAAGAAGCAAACUCCAAAGUCUUGGACACCUUCUGUGCAGAGUGAACAGGACAUCACCAAGUCAUGGACCGCUCCCACGUGUGAAGAACAGGAUUCAAGACCGCCAGAGACUCCAAAAUCCUGGGAAAACAAUGUUGAGAGUCAAAAACACCCUUUAACACCACAAUCACAGAUUUCUCCAAAGUCCUGGGGGGUAGCUACAGCAAGCCUCAUACCAAAUGACCAGCUGCUACCCAGGAAGUUUAAUACAGAACCCAAAGAUGUGCCUAAGCCUAUGCAUCAGCCUGUAGGUUCUUCCUCUACCCUUCCAAAGGAUCCAGUAUUGAGGAAAGAAAAACUGCAGGAUCUGAUGACCCAGAUUCAAGGAACUUGUAACUUUAUGCAAGAAUCUAUUCUGGAUUUUGACAAACCUCCAAGUGCAAUUGCAUCAUCACAGCCGCCUUCAGCUACUCCAGGUAGCCCAGUAGCAUCUACAGAACAAAAUCUAUCCAAUCAAAGUGAUUUUCUUCAAGAGCCAUUACAGGCUGCUUCUUCUCCAGUUACUUGUAGCUCAAAUGCUUGCUUGGUUACUACCGAUCAGGCCUCUUCAGGAUCUGAAACAGAGUUUAUGACCUCAGAGACUCCUGAGGCAGCAGUUCCCCCAAGCAAGAAACCGUCUUCACUAGCUUCUCCAAAUCCUCCCAUGUCAAAGGGCUCUGAACAGGGCUUCCAGUCACCUCCAGCAAGUAGUAGUUCAGUAACCAUUAACACAGCACCCUUUCAAGCCAUGCAGACAGUAUUUAAUGUUAAUGCACCUCUGCCUCCACGUAAAGAACAAGAAAUAAAAGAAUCCCCUUAUUCACCUGGCUACAAUCAAAGUUUUACUACAGCAAGUACACAGACACCACCCCAGUGCCAACUGCCAGCUAUACAUGUAGAACAAACUGUCCUUUCUCAAGAGACUGCAAGUUAUCCUGAUGGAACUAUUCAAGUAAGCAAUGGUAGCCUUGCCUUUUACCCAGCACAGACGAAUGUAUUUCCCAGACCCUCUCAACCAUUUGUCAAUAGCCGGGGAUCUGUUAGAGGAUGUACUCGUGGUGGGAGAUUACUAACCAAUUCGUAUCGGUCCCCUGGUGGUUAUAAAGGUUUUGAUACCUAUAGAGGACCUCCUUCAAUUUCCAAUGGAAAUUAUAGCCAGCUACAGUUCCAAGCUAGAGAGUAUCCUGGAACACCUUAUUCCCAAAGGGAUAAUUUCCAGCAGUGUUACAAGCGAGGAGGAACAUCUGGUGGUCCUCGGGCAAAUUCGAGAGCUAACUGCUUCAUUAUGAGAAACUCACUGUUGCUAAUAAAACAGCAGGGUGGAGUGAUUCUUCUCAGGUGAGCAGCCCAGAAAGAGACAACGAAACCUUUAACAGUGGUGACUCUGGACAAGGAGACUCCCGUAGCAUGACCCCUGUGGAUGUGCCAGUGACAAACCCAGCAGCCACCAUACUGCCAGUACACGUGUAUCCCCUGCCUCAGCAGAUGCGAGUUGCCUUCUCAGCAGCCAGAACCUCCAAUCUUGCCCCUGGAACUUUAGACCAACCUAUUGUGUUUGAUCUUCUUCUGAACAACUUGGGAGAAACUUUUGAUCUUCAGCUUGGUAGAUUUAAUUGCCCAGUGAAUGGCACUUAUGUUUUCAUUUUUCACAUGCUAAAGCUGGCAGUGAAUGUGCCGCUGUAUGUCAACCUCAUGAAGAAUGAAGAGGUUUUGGUAUCUGCCUAUGCCAAUGAUGGUGCUCCAGACCAUGAAACUGCUAGCAAUCAUGCAAUUCUUCAGCUGUUCCAGGGAGACCAGAUAUGGUUACGUUUGCACAGAGGAGCAAUUUAUGGAAGUAGUUGGAAAUAUUCUACGUUUUCAGGCUAUCUUCUUUACCAGGAUUGAAAGUCAGUACAGAAUUGACAAUAAAAGGAUAUGGUGUUCUGAUUAGUGGGAAUAAAGGAAAAGUAGUCCUUGCCCUUCUGACAGAUUGGUUUAGGAAAAUGUUUUCAUUCCUAGAGGAAGGAGGAGGUCCUUACUUUUUUGUUUUCCUCCCCAUGGUGAAAAAUUUCAAGCUGAAUGACAAUUAGCACUAAUCUGGCACUUUAUAAAUUGUGAUGUAGCCUCGCUAGUCAAGCUGUGAAUGUAUAUUGUUUGCACUUAAUCCUUAACUGUAUUAACGUUCAGCUUACUAAACUAACUGCCUCAAGUUCAGGCAAGUUAUAAUGCCUUGUUGUGCCUCAAUAAAAGAGUUACAUGCAC